AUGAUCAAUAUAGGAGCACCAAGAAAUAUUGAAAAACUAUACAAGUUUAAGGAUGAUGUGUCAAAUCCACAAAUUUUUGAAGCUUGGAAGCCCAAAAUUAAAGCUUAUCUUGACGACUUAGUGCGUGAGACACCAAAGGAGUACUUAGUUCCUGCUUCGGAAGUCCCCGAGAAUCUUGAUGAGAAGGCAUUUGACACUAUUAGUUAUCUAAAGAAAACAAAAUACUUAACUGACAAAGAAAAAUCUAUUACCUCCAUGAGUGUUAUGGAUUUGGAGAAGUUGAUUGAAAAAAAAAAGCUUAGUUCCGUUGAAGUUCUCAAAGCUUUUGCCCACCGAGCUGUGAUUGCCAAUGAAUUCACGAAUUUUGCAACUCAGUUUUUCAUCAAAGAGGCAUUAACUAGAGCAAAGAACUUAGAUGAAUACCUAGCUAAAAACGGGAAAACUGUUGGUCCCUUGCAUGGUAUUCCGGUUUCUGUGAAGGAACAGAUUGGAAUGGCUGGAAAAAUUACCCAUGGAGGUUGGGUUGCAUGGCUUGACUAUAUUCCAAAGGAGGACGCAACAUCUGUGAAAAUGUUGAAAAAACUUGGUGCAGUUUUGUUUGUCAGAACAAAUGAGCCACAAACAUUAAUGCACUUGGAUUCGAAUAACAACAUUACUGGUCGGACUAGAAAUCCUCACAAUUCUCUUCUAAGUGCUGGUGGAUCCUCUGGUGGUGAGGGUUGCUGUGUAUCAAGUCAUGCAUCUGCCAUUGGUCUUGGAUCUGAUAUCGGUGGCUCUAUUCGUGCACCAGCUGGAUUUUGCGGAUGUUUUGGAUUUCGUCCUUCAAGUCGAAGAAUUUCAACUGCUGGAGGAGUCUCAUCCGGCAAAGGACAAGAAUCCAUUGUAGCGGUCGAGGGGCCUUUAGCUCAUAGUGCUUCAGAUGUGAACUAUUUUAUGGAUGGAUAUAUCAACACGGGAAAGCCUUGGGAAGAUGAUCCAUGGUCGCUUCCUAUGCCUUGGAGGCAAGUUGAAAAACCAAAGGUAACUGAUGUCACGGUCGCUAUUAUGUAUGAUAACGGUCUGGUUAAGCCACUUCCACCAAUACAACGUGGAUUAAAUGAAGUAACCAAGAAGUUAAAGGCGGCAGGAGUUAAUGUUGUCACCUUUGAUCCUCUCUGUAUAAGUGAAGCAUAUGACGUUUGUCACCAACUCUAUACUUGUGAUGGUAAUAAAGCACAAAAGGAAAUGCUCAGACCUUCCGGGGAGCCUCUUCUACCCCUCACAAAGUGGGCUUUCUCAAUGGGCAAUGGAGAUAAGCCGCUUUCAAUCACCGAGAACAGGGCACUUAAUACGAGAAGAGAUACCUUGAGAAAGACAUACAACGAUUAUUUCUUCAAAAACAAAGUUGACUUCAUUAUUUCCCCAACAUACACAUGUGUUGCCCCAUGCACGAUUCAAGAUGGUAUUGCUGGUCCUUACUUUUGGGGUUACACAAGUUUGUGGAACGUGUUGGACUUACCAACUUUGGUUGCUCCAACUGGAUUGUUCCAAAACCCCAAAGUUGAUAAGGUGGAAGAAGAUUACAAACCUAGAUCUGAAAUUGAUGAAAUCGAGCAUGCCAAAUAUAUUCCUGAGCUUUCCGAUGGUGCUCCAAUAUGUUUCCAGCUAACCGGUCGAAAAUACUUUGAUGAAGAGGUCGUUGCGUUUGGUGAGCUCUUCGAAGAUAUCAUGAAGGCAUAA